ACGAGGAGGCGGGGCCUGGUGGAGGGGGAAAUCGGUUGAGGUCGCGUGGCCUGACGGUUUGUGACUUGAGGGAUGUUUACAGGCGUUUGUAUGGCCCUCAGGGCGAUAAAUAUGGACAGUAAUUAGACCCGAAGGGCUACUGGCCAGGGGAGAACACCCUUUCGCGGAACGGAAGUGCCCCUUAGUCUGUGAUUACAGUGAUAGCCCCUUCACUGCUCAUCAUGUUGGUUCAGCCUUUCCGUAGUUUGGCGCCCCGUUUGCAGCGGGUCCUUGGCUCACUCCCUGCAAACCAAGGUUUAUCGAGGCUCUUACCAUCUUGUGUUGCCCUUCAGCUAUGCACUUCAAAUAAUUUAACGUCAUCUGAGUUCAAACAGAGCGAUGCGAACCAGAGGAAAACAUCAAAAGCUCAACUAGAAAGAAUUCACCGCGCUGACACCGGCUCUUCGUUUUCUGUAUUUACAGCCGGGGCAGCCAGAAAAAGAGCAGAGUCCGCAAAAAGCCAAAUGGGUGUCGAAAUGGCUGAUGCUUCAACAGUGACAAAAGUUACAAAAACGUUAGUUCCACUGAAGCCUUUAAAUGUAGAUGAUUGGAAGAAAUUGAAAAAGGAAUCGUACAAUAAAACUCGUUUUGAAGUAAGCAUGAUGGAAAAACUGCUGUCUGCUCGUGCUGAUAUUGAUGUGGCUAAAUCGCUUUUAGUUUUUGUGACAAUGGAAAGUGGUACUGUUGAGUAUGAACUCCUUCUGAAGUAUUUGGCACUGUGUGUCCAACAGCAGCAUCUGACUGAAGUACUUGAUUUAUAUGUCAUGAUGAAAUCUAGAUUCAAAGUGUUGGAAAUUGGAGCUUACAGCCUCUUCAUCAGUGGUUUUUGCAAGACAGAUCAUUGGAGGGAGGCUGUGGUAUUUUUAGAAUCAAUUAAAAAAAUGGUUACCCCAUCACCAAGAAAUUAUGGGGAUAUCAUUAUUUCUGCACUCAAGCAUAAAGAUGUAGAAACUGCAUGGAUAUUGCUUAAAGAAAUGGAAAGCAAAAACUUAAAACCAACUGAGAACACAUUGCAAGCAUUUUUUGAUUAUGGCAAGUCAUUUUAUGAUGAUCAGUAUGAAAAUAAGAUAAUGUAUAUCCUCUUCUACCUGAGAAACAAUCAGAUAUAUCCUGGGGAAGGUUUAAUGCACAGUAUCCACUCAUGGUUUGAAAGCAUCCCAGGCAACCAAUGGGAAGGGCAUGAAACAACCAUAUUACACAGUGGAGAAUGCCCUGUAUGCAACACAUUACUCGAAUCAAUUCAGUUGAGUACAGAAGAAUAUCACGUAUUAAGAGAGUGUGUGAUGAACGACAUUAUUCAAGGGACAGAUACAUUUAAAAAGACAACUCCUCAGAAUAGCUACCAAGUCUAUGUAGAUAACAGUAACUACAGUAGUUUUAACUGGAAAAAUAUAUCAAGGUGCUACAAAACCAAUCAAAAUGAAAUGGAUUCUAACAAAAUGAAGUGGUGUCAGGUUUCUCGACUGCUGUUGGUAUUGCAAUCUUCCAGGCAAGUGGAGACUAUUACACAAAUUCCUGACUUGUACCUUGUAGAUGGUGGUCUGGCAUUGGGGAGUCAGAAGCUUCUGGAUGUAGUGUCUUUCCUUGCAAAUCGAAACAUGCGACUUCUUGUCCUUGGACGGAAGCAUAUGCUGGGAGGAACGCGCAGCUGGAACAAAGGUCAUAUGGCUGAAAUACAGAAGUAUGCUGACUGCUUCUUCACAGAAAAUAUUUCUGAAGAUGAUCCUUUUUUGUUAUACGCAACUAUACAUUCAGGCAGUCAUUGUAAAUUCCUUAGUAGAGACCUCAUGCGGGAUCACAAAGCUUGUUUGUCUGACCAGAACACCCGCAGACUGUUCUUCAAGUGGCAGCGUGGACACCAGCUUGUGUUGUCAAGGUAUAAUCCAGGGAAAAGGAUGAAAUUUGAGAUCAUACCAAAAUAUGACACCAUAGUACAGACUUCAAGCGAUACUUGGCAUAUACCAUAUGAUGAAGAAGGUGUAGAGAGAUGUUCCUAUGAAGUUCCACGUAAAUGGUUGUGUCUUCGAAAACAUAACUGAAGAGAAGCAGUAGAUAGAAAUUUUGAUGCUGCCUGUUCUCUUGUUUUAAGGAAUUGUUGUAUUCUAUUUUUACAUUUGGUAUUUAUUUAGUCGUCCUGGGAUAUUUUAUUUUAUUUCUCAAAUUUCUUUGACAUUUUCCACUUCUUCUUUUAUAGUGCUGUGACUUGUGUUCUAGUAUGAAUUUCCAGGUGGCAAUUGUCUUCUACUACUUCAGCCAAAUGACCAUUCUUCCUGUUUCUGUCUGGAUGGUAUCAGCAGCGUUUUUGAAUCUGUUGAUAUUGUAACCAAAACUAAUAUGACCCCCGUAGGACAUAAUGUUUUUUAUAUAUCCUACAUGGCAUAAUGGAUAGUUAUAAUGAUCAAUAGCACCUGACUCCCAUUUUUCUAUGUUGUUUUCUCCUUCCCUCAAUUCCAUCCCUCCAUCAAACUCUCGUAGCUAAUCAAGCAAUUUAAUCAGUGAUUUUUAAAAAUUAAAUGAAAAUGCUGACCAACAAAGUUAAGCCAAUGUAAUGGCUUAUUGGAUUCCAUGUCAGGUUAUCCUGGUAGAGUUCCAAUAACUCAGUACAGAUAAAGAAUUCAAACUUAUUGAUCUUUAUAUAACCUAAUUGCCACAUCAUGUACCAAUACGUAACAAACAAAAACAGAGAAUGCUGAAGAGAUUCAGCAAGUUUGGCAGUAUCUGUGAAGACAAAACAGAGUGAAUGUUUUGAGUCCAGUGACGACUCUUCAGAACUGCCAGCAAUUUCCCACUAGCAAUUUGUUUUUGUUUGUUUCAGAUCUCCAGCAUCCACAGUUCUUUGUUUUAUUAUUAUGUACCAAUAUGUCACUGAUAAAAUUUGGACAUUAUUUAAUUGUUUGGUUACAUUUUUGAAUUAAGCAUUCAGCAUUAUUUGCCUCUUAGGUUACCCAAGGGCUUCUGUGAUGUAGAUGAUUGCCUUGCGUAUGUAAAUUGCAUUAUGUCUGCUCAACCAUUUCAUAUUCCGAUUAAAGUAGUAUUCUUGCUAGUCUUUGAA